CAUCAGUUCAUUGAAGAUUACUUCCAAAAAGAUGAUAAAAUUGAUAAAAAUUAUGGUCCGAUAUACAACGAUGAAAUCGGUUGGUCAAUAGGCAAACGUCGAAUUGCAUUUGAUGGAAAAACCGGUAAUAUAAACAUACUACCUGAGAAAAACAAAGGAGGAAGAUAUGUAAUUGGAACACCAGGCUUGUAUGAGCUUCUAUUUUACCGAGACCCCAGUUACUGAAAAAUAUCACUACAUCAUAAAACCUUUAUUCAAAACAAAAUCUCUAACGACGACGAAUAGAUCGUCGCAGGUAUUGACUCGUCUAAAAUCGAUUCCUUCAGCAAAAGGAAAAGGCAUCGAUCGUUUAAGAUAUAAUGAUAAACCUAUGGAGUAUAUUUAUUGGGAUGAUGCGAAUGAAUUGGUGGAACGUUAGAAGUUGUUGAUUGCUUCAAAAGAGGCAGGUAAUACGUCACACGACAACGAAAUAGUAGCAAUUAUCAAUGAACUCAAGGAGGCUGAUAUAAUAGAAUAAUACAAGUUGAAACUUGUUCAUUUUAAUUAUGCCAGUCGAUAAAUUCGGACAUAGACAUCAAACGUCCUAUGCGCGUUUACCAGUGAAAAUUACGUUUCCUCAUACACAGGACGGUAAUAUUGAUAUUGAAAAUAUGAAAAUUUGUAAUGUUAAGGAACCGACAACAAAUAGUGAUGCUGCAACAAAAAAAUAUGUUGAUGUGCAGUUGAAUGACCUACGUGCUAUCAACUCGCCAUUAAUUCAAGCACAUGUUGUGGUGCUGCAGCAACAAGACCGUGAUAUAAAGGAUUUAGCUGUAGGAUUGAACGAAAUGAGAAAUGAGCUUCAUAAGACGAAAAUCCCCAUAUUACAGGCGCACAUUACUAACUUACAAAAUAAAACUAACGAAAUUGAUACAUUUAUUUCGCGAAAUCCCCCUGUAGCAGCUAGGGAUAUGGCUACGAAGAAAUACGUUGACGAUUCAAUUGUUGCAGCCAAAAUAUUUAUUCGAAAAGAAUUCACUGCUUCUAUUAACAUGUGUGUUGAGAGCAUACGUGAGUUACAAAAAGAAAUUACAGAAAAUAUCAGAUCCGUCUCUGAUAUGAAAACUAAGGUUUCGGGCAUUGUAAACAAUAUUAAGGUUAUGAAUACGAAUACCGUUAACCGCAUUAACAGUCUGGAGCUGAAGCUAGCUGGUAGUACGUCAUAAUAUGUAUUCUAAAGAAAAAAUUCAUCUUGUAAACGAACUCCACAAACCGAUACGGAAAAAAUUUCCUCGGAGACGCACUAUUAUUAAGGGUCUUGACGAUCUUUGGCAAAUGGAUCUUGCGGAGAUGAGGAAUUUUGCAUCACAAAAUGAUACUGGUCGUCAUUGAUUGUUUUUCAAAGUUUGUGUGGACACGCCCACUAAAAACGAAGACCGGAGAGGAGAUUACUCGGGCAUUCUCGGACAUUCUCGCUCACACUAGACGAAUACCAAAAAAUCUGCAAUCUGAUCAGGGAAAGGAAUUUUACAACAGCAAAUUUCAAAAUUUAAUGAGAAAACACAACAUAAAUCAUUAUAGCGUAUUUAGUACAAUGACAGCCUCUAUGGCAGAGCGAGUUAUAAGAACGCUAAAAUCGAAACUCUACAAGUAUUUCAGUUUAAAUGGCACCUACAAAUGGAUUGAUAUUCUGCCUGAAAUAACUCAAAACUAUAACAAUACAAAACAUUCCACAUCAAAAUAUAAACCUUCUCAAGUCAACAAAUCCAACGAAAAAUCUAUUUUGAAUAACACCUAUAGUCAUUUAAAGAUAGCCGGUCCACGAAAAUUUAAAGUUGGCGACAUUGUGCGCAUAUCCAAGGCAAAGCAUGUCUUUGAAAAAGGAUAUACACCCAAUUGGACUACAGAACUAUUCAAAAUCACCAAAGUUAAAAUUACCAAUCCUGCUACGUAUUUACUUGAAGACAUGCAAGGUACACCAAUCAGCGGCUGCUUCUAUCAUGAAGAACUACAGAAAACAUCGAAUCCAGACAUUUACUUAGUUGAAAAGGUGCUCAGAAGAAAGGGUAACAAAAUGUACGUCAAGUGGCUUGGUUUGGAUAGCAAACACAACAGUUGGAUAGAAAAUAUUGAUAUUGUAUAGAUUUUUUUUUUUUUUUUCGGUUCGCCGCGCUAAAAACCUUGAAAGAGCUCUAUAAAUUGGAGUGAGCUUUGGAUAUCAAACCCAGUUAGCAACAUGAGUUCCCAAGAUAGUGGUAUUGUCGACAUCGAAUCUGAUUCGAGUAACUACAGUUCAGAGUUAGAUAGAAUAUUGGAAAACUAUGAGACUGCUGUCAAGUCUGAAAACAUUUACCUGCUUUCAACACAGUAUCCAAUUUCGGGGUAUGAAGUAAAAUGUGGAAUAAGUCCUGCAAGAUCAUUCACACCUGCUGUUAUCUUAUCUCAACAUCUUAUGUUCAGCAAAAUAUCUUUCAGUACUUAUGAAUGGAAUACCUUUAUCUCAAUUAUGUCACAACAGAUCUUU